AUGAGGCCGGAGUCUGAAAAUGUGAAAAGAUCGAUAUUGCAAUGCAAAUGUGAAAAGCAUUUAGCAUGCCAUGCAAUCUCCAUAGACAAACAUUUGCAGUAAAAUGGCCUUACUGAAGAGCUCAGUGACUUUCAACGUGGCACCGUCAUAGGAUGCCAUCUUUCCAUUUUUGUGCCCUGCUAGAGCUGUCCCGGUCAACUGUAAGGGUAGUUAUUGUGAAGUGGAAAUGUCUAGGAGCAACAACGGCUCAGACGCAAAGUGGUAGGCCACACAAGCUCACAGAAUGGGACUGCCGAGUGCUGAAGCGUGUAGCGCGUUAAAAUAAUCUGUCCUCGGUUGCAACACCCACUACAGAGUUCCAAACUGCAUCUGGAAGCACUGUCAGCACAAGAACUGUUUGUCGGGAGCUUCAUGAAAUAGGUUGUCAUGGCCGAAAAGCCGCACACAAGCCUAAGAUCAUCAUGCAUUGACUGGAGUGGUGUAAAGCUCGCUGCCAUUGGACUUUGGAGCAGUGGAAACGCAUUCUCUGGAGGGAUGAAUCACGCUUCACCAUCUGGCAGUCCGACGGACGAAUGCUACUUGCCCGAAUGCAUAGUGCCAAGUUUGGUGGUAAAGGAAUAGUAGUCUGGGGCUGUUUUUCCAUGGUUUGGGCUAGGCCCCUUAGUUACAGUGAAGGGAAAUCUUCACAUUCUAGAUGAUUCUUUGCUUCCAACUUUGUGGCAACAGUUUGGGGAAAGCCCUUUCCUGUUUCAGCAUGACAAUGCCCCUGUGCACAAAGCGAGGUCCAUACAGAAAUGGUUUGUCGAGGUCGGUGUGGAAGAACUUGACUGGCCUGCACAGAGCCCGGACCUCAACCCCAUCGAACACCUUUCGGAUGAAUUGGAACACUGACUGUGAGCCAGGCCUAAUCGCCCAACAUCAGUGUCCAACUUCACUAAUGCUCUUGUGGCUGAAUGGAAGCAAGUCCCCGCAGCAAUGUUCCAACAUCUAGUGGAAAGCCUUCCCAGAAGAGUGGAGACUGUUAUUGCAGCAAAGGGGGGACCAACUCCAUAUUAAUGCCCAUGCUUUUGGAAUGAUAUGUUUGACGAGCAGGUGUCCACAUACUUUUGGUCAUGUAGUGUAUAUGUGUGUAUUGUUCAGUCAUCUGUCUGUUGUCGAGGGGCCACUGACUCUCUAAACCCUAAAACUAUGGCUGUUGUACAUUGUACAGGAUAACUUUAUCACUGACAACAACCAUCGCCCUUUGUCUCAGAACAGUCAUUGCAUUUUGCGAUCACAUUACCUGUUUAAAAAGACCAGGAAGGCCUGUAAAUAUAUGCAAAACAGGGUGUUUAAUAUUUAUUGGAAAAUGUAAAGAAAAUGUAAGGGAAUGCUUUGCAGAGCGAGCAGGAUUUACAUAAAUUGUUCUCCCAAUGUUUCUGUCCUAUUGCACACAGACGGAAAGUAGCUCUGGUUCUCUAGUCGCUAUCAUUGCUGCAUAUUUAAAAAGGGGGGUCUUGGCCUGGGCCACACACACACGUAGUCAGGGGAGUAGUGACGGUAAUUGGGGGGGUAGUGAUGGUAGUCAGGGGGGUAGUGUGGGUAGUCAAGGGGUAGUUAGAGUAGUCAAGGUAGUGCGCGAGUAGUCAGGGGGGGUAGUGAGAGUAGUCAGGGGGGUAGUGAGGGUAGUCAUGGGGGUAGUGAGGGUAGUCAGGGGGGUAGUGAGGGUAGUCAGGGGGGUAGUGAGGGUAGUCAGGGGGUAGUCAGGGGGUAGUGAGGGUAGUCAGGGGGGGUAGUUAGAGUAGUCAAGGUAGUGCGAGUAGUCAGGGGGGUAGUGAGAGUAGUCAGGGGGGUAGAUAGGGUAGUCAGGGGGUAGUGAGGGUGGUCGGGGGGUAGUCAGGGGGGUAGUGAGGGUAGUCAGGGGGGUAGAUAGGGUAGUCGGGGGUAGUGAGGGUGGUCGGGGGGUAGUCAGGGGGUAGUAAGGGUAGUCAGGGGGGUAGUGAGGGUAGUCAGGGGGGUAGUGAGGGUAGUCAGGGGGUAGUGAGGGUAGUCAGGGGGGUAGUGAGGGUAGUCAGGGGAGUAGUGAGGGUAGUCAGGGGGGUAGUGAGGGUAGUCAGGGGGGUAGUGAGGGUAGUCAGGGGGGUAGUGAGAGUAGUCAGGGGGGUAGUGAGGGUAGUUCCUGGUCGCCCCUGAACUGUGGCUGUGGAGUGGAAUGGAGGGGCCAGGGUUGUGUCUCAAAUGGCACCCUAUUAGUAGUCAGGGGGGUAGUCAGGGGGUAGUGAGGGUGGUCGGGGGGUAGUCAGGGGGUAGUGAGGGUAGUCAGGGGGUAGUGAGGUUCGGGGUAGUAGGUUUUGGGGUAGUGGGGUAGUCGGGGGGUAGUGAGGGUUGUCAGGGGUAGUGGGGUAGUCAGGGGGUAGUGAGGUAGUCAGGGGGUAGUCAGGGUAGUCAGGGGGUAGUGAGAGUAGUCAGGGGGUAGUGAGGGUAGUCAGGGGGUAGUGGAGUGUCAGGGGGUAGUGAGGGUAGUCAGGGGGGUAGUGAGAGUAGUCAGGGGGGUAGUGAGGGUAGUCAGGGGGGUAGUGAGGGUAGUCAGGGGGGUAGUGAGGGUAGUCAGGGGUAGUGAGGUAUCAGGGGGUAGUGAGAGUAGUCAGGGGGUAGUGAGGGUAGUCAGGGGGGUAGUGAGGUAGUCAGGGGGGUAGUGAGGGUAGUCUGGAUGGUAGUAGUGAGGUAGUCAGGGGGUAGUGAGGUAGUCAGGGUUGGGUAGUAGUGAGGUAGUCAGGGGGUAGUGAGGGUAGUCCAUGGGCCUAUGAGGGUAGUCAGGGUGGUAGUGAGGGAGCCAGGGUUGGGUAUGCAGUAGUCCAGAGAGUGGGAUAGUGACCGGGUAUAAGGGGGUAAUAGAUGUCAUUGGGUACCAGUGGUGUCUGGGUUAUGAGAGAAGUCAUGAAGGCGUAUUGAAGUAAGUCAGGGUGGGUUUAAGUGAGGGUAUACAGUGCUAUUUGACUUGAUAGUUCAAUGGAGAGAGUUUGUAGAGUAGUCCAUAUAAGAUUAAGUUGAGUUCAGAGUAGUGGGUGUCAAGGUAUGAAGUAGUCUAACCUAGUGAUAUGGGAGUUGUAGCAGACUAGGUAGUUAUUUUAUAUGAGUGCCUCUCCCGUAUACUGUGGCUGUUGGAGUGGAUGGGGGGCCAGGGUUGUGCUCAAAUGGCAACCCUAUUCGACCUAUUUAGUGUACUAGUUUUUGACCAGGGCCCAUAGGGAAUAGUGUGCCAUUUGGGACACAGCUUGGUUCUGGGUUGCAUUAAGCCACAUCUAAGAAGCAGUAGGGAAAAGAAACACUGCUUUAAAGAGAAUAAUAAAAUGCAUAUUUUAAAACCCCACAUUUGGAUGCUUUAUAGAGAGAGAAAAAAUGUAUGAUAGCCAUAUUAAAUUAAGUUCAUUAGCAGGUUUUGGGGUGUUAAAUGGUUUGACAGCUUCGUCUAACUCUUUGAACUAUGAAGACUUGUACACACAUACUGGUAUUCAUGAGUUCUUCUCCUGAGUCCUCCACUCCCCACCUAAACAUGUUGCCAAUUAAUAUGGUUACAAAGGCUACUGUAACUGGUCCUCUUAAACCCUACUGUGCACUAAUGGGAAGUUGUGAGCAAUGUACUUAAGGUAAAAAAAUUUUUUUUUUAAUGUAAAAUGUAAAUUGACACUCUCUCUCCUUCUUUUGCCUUUCCCCUGCCUCUGUCCCCUCUAUCUCAUUCCCCCCUCCACUCUCCUCCCCCUCCAGUCUCUGUGUCUGGAGGUGCGUGGGAGGCGUAAGGGCAUGUCCUUGGUACUGAGGCUGUCCCAGCGGCUGCAGGAGGAGCAGGCGCAGCAGAGCAGUCCAGACUCAGAGCAACAGGCCCUGCAGCUGCUGACCGUCAACCUGGAGCGGCGCUGGGAGGCCAUCAUCAUGCAGGUGCUGCAGUGGCAGACCCGCCUCCGGAGGGCCCUGGGGACAGAUCAGGUGAGACCUCACACCCUGCAUGGCACCACACGGUUCAAAUACUAUUAAUAUUGACCUGACGCAAUAGGGGAAGAGGGUGGAAUAUGUAAUAUACAGUCCAUUCAGAAAGUAUUCAGACCCCUAGACUUUUUCCACAUUUUGUUACAUUAUAGCCUUAUUCUAAACUGGAUUACAUUGGGUUUUUUCUCAUCAAUCUACACACAAUAACCCAUAAUGACAAAGCAAAAACAGGUUUUUAUACAUUUUGAUGAUGCUGCCACCACCAUGCUUCACCGUAGGGAUGGUGCCAGGUUUCCUCUUUAUUUAUUUAUUUAUUUCACCUUUAUUUAACCAGGUAAGCAAGUUGAGAACAAGUUCUCAUUUACAACUGCGACCUGGCCAAGAUAAAGCAAAGCAGUGCGAUAAAAACAACAACACAGAGUUACAUAUGGGGUAAAAAAACAUAAAGUCAAAAAAUACAACAGAAAAGAUAUAUACAGUGUGUGCAAAUGUAGCAAGUUAUGGAGGUAAGGCAAUAAAUAGGAUAUAGUGCAAAAUAAUUACAAUUAGUAUUAACACUGGAAUGCUAGAUGUGCAAGAGAUUAUGUGCAAAUAGAGAUACUGGGAUGCAAAAGAGCAAAAUAAAUAACAAUAUAGGGAUGAGGUAGUUGGGUGGGCUAAUUUCAGAUGGGCUGUGUACAGGUGCAGUGAUCGGUAAGGUGCUCUGACAACUGAUGCUUAAAGUUAGUGAGGGAGAUAAGAGUCUCCAGAUGGCCUGGAGCCAGUGGGUUUGACGACGAACAUGUAGUGAGGACCAGCCAACAAGAGCGUACAGGUCACAGUGGUGGGUAGUGUAUGGGGCUUUGGAGACAAAACGGAUGGCACUGUGAUAGACUACAUCCAAUUUGCUGAGUAGAAUGUUGGAGGCUAUUUUGUAAAUGACAUCGCCAAAGUCAAGGAUCGGUAGGAUAGUCAGUUUUACGAGGGCAUGUUUGGCAGCAUGAGUGAAGGAGGCUUUGUUGCGAUGGGACGUGAUGCUUGGCAUUCAUGCCAAAGAGUUCAAUCUUGGUUUCAUCAGACCAGAGCAUCUUGUUCCCCAUGGUCUGAGAGUCCUUUAGGUGCCUCUUGGCAAACUCCAAGCGGGCUGUCAUGUGCCUUUUACUGAGGAGUUGCUUCCGUCUGGGCACUCUACCAUAGAGGCCUGAUUGGUGGAGUGCUGCAGAGAUGGUUGUCCUUCUGGAAGGUUCUCCCAUCUCCACAGAGGAACUCUGGAGCUCUGUUAGAGUGACCAUCAGGUUCUUGGUCACCUCCCUGACCAAUGCCCUUCUCCACCGAUUGCUCAGUUUGGCCGGGCAGAUUCAAUGCUGCAGAAAUUUUUUGGUACCCUUCCCCAGAUCUACGCUUCGACACAAUCCUGUCUCGGAGCUCUACGGACAAUUCCUUCGACCUCAUAGCUUGGUUUUUGCUCUGACAUGCACUGUCAACUGUGGGACCUUAUAUAGACAGGUGUGUGCCUUUCCAAAUCAUUUCCAAUCAAUUGAAUUUACCACAAGUGGACUCCAAUCAAGUUGUAGAAACAUCUCAAGGAUGAUCAAUGGAAACAGGAUGCACCAGAGCUCAAUUUCGAGUCUCAUAGCAAAAGGUCUGAAUACUAAUAAGGUAUUUUUGUUUUUUUAUUUUAUUUAUAAAUUUGCUAAAUUUUGGUUAUUGUGUUUAGAUUGAUGAGGAAUUUUUUUAUUUAAUCCAUUUUAGAAUAAGGCUGUAGCGUAACAAAAUGUGGAAAAAGGGAAGGGGUCUGAAUACUUUCCGAAGGCAAUGUGUAUGUAACAUUUACCACCACUCAGACCAGGUGACUCAGCCUGGCCCCGCAUGGCAGAAAUCAUACAGGUCUGACUGUAAAGACACCUAGUCCAGGGAUGUUUGACCACUCCUCAAGAGACCUGGGUGUCUCCUGGUUUGCUCAUUUAACUUCAAAAUGUAGCGCUUAGAUACAGCUGGUCAUGUGGAUAUACUCUGUACAUGUAUGUACUAGCAGCUAGCCAGCUAUACAUUCUGUUUCAGUCAUAAAGGUUCAGUUUAUGCCCUCUAAAGAAGCUCCCCAACUCUAGAACAAGCUAUUUAUGAGUGGUAUUAUUCCUCUCAAAAUGAGCUGUCCAGGGGUAAGUUAUUUAGGCCAGCGACAGAGAAGGAAAUGUAGUGCACUGUAAUAAUAGUGAUGUAUACUGCACGGAAAGUGGCUGUGGUACAUUUGGAUAUACAGUGGGGAGAACAAGUAUUUGAUACACUGCCGAUUUUGCAGGUUUUCCUACUUACAAAGCAUGUAGAGGUCUGUAAUUUGUAUCAUAGGUAAACUUCAACUGUGAGAGACGGAAUCUAAAACAAAAAUCCAGAUAAUCACAUUGUAUGAUUUUUAAGUAAUUAAUUUGCAUUUUAUUGCAUGACAUAAGUAUUUGAUACAUCAGAAAAGCAGAAAUUAAUAUUUGGUACAGAAACCUUUGUUUGCAAUUACAGAGAUCAUAUGUUUCCUGUAGGUCUUGACCAGGUUUGCACACACUGCAUCAGGGAUUUUGGCCCACUCCUCCAUACAGACCUUCUCCAGAUCCUUCAGGUUUCGGGGCUGUUGCUGGGCAAUACGGACUUUCAGCUCCCUCCAAAGAUUUUCUAUUGGGUUCAGGUCUGGAGACUGGCUAGGCCACUCCAGGACCUUGAGAUGCUUCUUACGGAGCCACUCCUUAGUUUCCCUGGCUGUGUGUUUCGGGUCGUUGUCAUGCUGGAAGACCCAGCCACGACCCAUCUUCAAUGCUCUUACUGAGGGAAGGAGGUUGUUGGCCAAGAUCUCGCGAUACAUGGCCCCAUCCAUCCUCCCCUCAAUACGGUGCAGUCGUCCUGUCCCCUUUGCAGAAAAGCAUCCCCAAAGAAUGAUGUUUCCACCUCCAUGCUUCACGGUUGGGAUGGUGUUCUUGGGGUUGUACUCAUCCUUCUUCUUCCUCCAAACACGGCGAGUGGAGUUUAGACCAAAAAGCUUUAUUUUUGUCUCAUCAGACAUUUUAAAAAAAAAAAACAUUUUUAGUCAUUUAGCAGACGCUCUUAUCCAGAGCGACUUACAGUUAGUGAAUACAUAUUAUUAUUUUUUUAUCCUGCCCCCCCGUGGGAAUCGAACCCACAACCCUGGCGUUGCAAACGCCAUGCUCUAUCAACUGAGCUACAUCCCUGCCGGCCAUUCCCUCCCCUACCCUGGACGACGCUGGGCCAAUUGUGCGCCGCCCAUGAGUCUCCCGGUCGCGGCCGGCUGCGACAGAGCCUGGACCACAUUACCUUCUCCCAUUCCUCCUCUGGAUCAUCCAGAUGGUCAUUGGCAAACUUCAGAUGGGCCUGGACAUGCGCUGGCUUGAGCAGGGGGACCUUGCGUGCGCUGCAGGAUUUUAAUCCAUGACGGCGUAGUGUGUUACUAAUGGUUUUCUUUGAGACUGUGGUCCCAGCUCUCUUCAGGUCAUUGACCAGGUCCUGCCGUGUAGUUCUGGGCUGAUCCCUCACCUUCCUCAUGAUCAUUGAUGCCCCACGAGGUGAGAUCUUGCAUGGAGCCCCAGACCGAGGGUGAUUGACCGUCAUCUUGAACUUCUUCCAUUUUCUAAUAAUUGUGCCAACAGUUGUUGCCUUCUCACCAAGCUGCUUGCCUAUUGUCCUGUAGCCCAUCCCAGCCUUGUGCAGGUCUACAAUUUUAUCCCUGAUGUCCUUACACAGCUCUCUGGUCUUGGCCAUUGUGGAGAGGUUGGAGUCUGUUUGAUUGAGUGUGUGGACAGGUGUCUUUUAUACAGGUAACGAGUUCAAACAGGUGCAGUUAAUACAGGUAAUGAGUGGAGAACAGGAGAGCUUCUUAAAGAAAAACUAACAGGUGUGUGAGAGCCGGAAUUCUUACUGGUUGGUAGGUGAUCAAAUACUUAUGUCAUGCAAUAAAAUGCAAAUUAAUUUCUUAAAAAUCAUACAAUGUGAUUUUCUGGAUUUUUGUUUUAGAUUCCGUCUCUCACCUGCAAAAUCGGCAGUAUAUCAAAUACUUGUUCUCCCCACUGUAUGGGCUAGACGUCCCAAAUGGUACCCUAUUCCCUAUAUAGUACGCUACUUUUCACCAGAGCCCAGAGGGUAGUGCUUUAUAUAUGGAAUAAGGUGCAAUUUGGUACGCGGCCUUGCAUAUGUAUACAUAUGCAUAUGUAUAUUUUGUAUACAUCUGGCCCUUCAUUGGACACUGUGUUAACAAACCUCCAAACGAGCUUCAACGCCAUACAACACUCCUUCCGUAGCCUCCAACUGCUCUUAAACACUAGUAAAACUAAAUGCAUGCUCUUCAACCGAACGCUGCUUGCACCCGCCCAUCCGACUAGAAUCACUACUCUCGGCGGGUCUGACCUAGAGUAUGUGGACAACUAUAAAUACCUAGUUGUCUGGUUAGACUGUAAACUCUCCUUCCAGACUCACAUUAAGCAUCUCCAAUCAAAUGUUAGAUCUAGAAUCGGCUUCCUAUUUCGCAACAAAGCCUCCUUCAAACAUGCCCUCGUAAAACUGACUAUCCGACCGAUCCUUGACUUUGGCGAUGUCAUUUCCAAAAUAGCCUCCAACACAAAUUGGAUGUAGUCUAUCACAGUGCCAUCCGUUUUGUCACCAAAGCCCCAUAUACUACCCACCAUUGUGACCUGUAUGCUCUUGUUGGCUGGCCCCCACUACAUAUUUGUCGCCAAACCCACUGGCUCCAGGUCAUCUAUAAAUCACUGCUAGGCAAAUCCCCGUCUUAUCUUAGCUCACUGGUCACCAUAGCAACACCCACCCGUAGUCUGCGCUCCAGCAGGUAUAUCUCACUGGUCAUCCCCAAAGCCAACACCGCCAUUCCUUCCAGUUCUCUGCUGCCAAUGACUGGAACAAACUGCAAAAAUCUCUGAAGCUGGAGACUCUUAUCUCCCUCACUAAUUUUAAGCGUCAGUUGUCAGAGCAGCUUACCGAUCACAGCACCUGUACACAGCCAUUCUGAAAUUAGGCCACCCAACUACCUCAUCCCCAUAUUGUUAUUUAUUUUGCUAAUUUGCACCCCAGUAUCUCUAUUUGCACAUCACCUUUUGCAUAUCUAUCAUUCCAGUGUUAAUACGAAAUUGUAACUAUUUUGCACUAUGGCCUAUUUAUUGCCUUACCUCCAUAACUUACUACAUUCGCACACACUGUAUAUAUAUUUUCUGUUGUAUUUUUGUCUUUAUGUUUUGUUUACCCCAUAUGUAACUCUGUGUUGUUGUUUUUAUCGCACUGCUUUGCUUUAUCUUGGCCAGGUCGCAGUUGUAAAUGAGAACUUGUUCUCAACUUGCUUACCUGGUUAAAUAAAGGUGAAAAAAAUUAUUGACAACAUUAUAUACACCCAGCCGAGAAUACAGAGAGCUCGUCCAAAAUGGCACCCUGUUCCCCAUUGGCCCUGGUCAAAAGUAGUGCACUAUGUAGGUCAGCGUUCCCCAACUCGGUCCUGGGGACCCCAAGGGGUGCACGUUUUGUUUUUUGCCCUAGCCCUACACAGCUGAUUCAAAUAAUAAAAGCUUAAUGAUGAGUUGAUUAUUUGAAUCACCUGUGUAGGGCUAGGGCAAAAUCCAAGACAUGCACCCCUUGGGGUACCCAGGACCGAGUGUGGGAAAGGCUGCACUAUAUAAGUGCACUACUUUUGACCAGGGUCUAUUGGCAAAACUAGAGCACUAUAUAGGAAAUGGGUGACAAUUUAGUACGCAGGCAGUGUGAUGUCUGGCAACUUCAGACUGUUCUACAAUAUACAUAACCCCCCUUUUUCUCAUGAAUGUGUAAUGGCACGAGGCUCAGCUCCAAAUAGUGCAAAUAGAGUUGUCACUCUGUAAAGUACCUCUGUUUCCUUCAGUCUGUUUGUGUAAUGUGGAGAACAGAUGGAAUCACCAUUAAAUCUGUAGUGAAAUCCCCACCACCACCACCACACAUCCCUUAUGUAGAUCAGAUGGACAUAUUCACCCAUAGUUCAUAGUCUCUCUCUCUCUCUCUCUGUCCUCUUGUCUGCAUUCCUGGGGGGACAGCAACGUGCUACUGUGCACGUGGGGAAGAGAGAAAGCCAGGCAGGGUUUGGCUGGUUGUCUACUGUGUUAUAUCCAUUCCAGUACUGCAGGGAGAGAGAAGACAAAUAGCAAAGGCCACUAGGACUCUGACCUUGCAGGCUGAAGUCCAAUUUUACAUGGAGGAUGUGUCCUGAAUAGGGGGGAAACAUAUUCGGUUUGUUUGUAAAUGAAACACUGUGCUGAAUGAUAAAAGGAGUGUGGUCACUACUGCGCUAGUCCCUUCUCUAGAUGUCCCACCGCCUUUUCUAGCAUUUAUGAAAAUGAGAAUUUUUUUCAAUUUGGGUAUUUUGAGAGUGUUUACCUUUUACCAUUCCAUGUGCCGGCCGAGGAGGUGGAUGGAAAACAUGAUGUUUAAAGGCAAUUAUUCUGCUGUCAGGAAGUGGAUUUCUGGGUUCUUGUCUUUGUCUUAUUAGUUGGCUAUCAGGUGAAGUGCUUGAUAAGACUGGCUAGCUACUGCUCCUUGUGUUGUGACCAUUUGGUUAUAUACUAUAGGUGAAAGCUUUAGUUCAGAUAUCUAGGGUGAGUUUCCCAAAACCUUCUUAGCACUAAAAACAUCUUAAAGGGGCAAUCUGCAGUUCAAACAUCAACAAAGCAGCCAUUCUGCCAUUGUUUUGGUAAACAGCUGAGGGUGGACGAACAAUGGUCGUAGUGGAAACUCACCCCUGGUUAGUUAGUUAGAUAGGUGCUUGGUGCAUCAUUUAGUCCAGUGUUAGCUAGGUCAGCUGAGGCUGAUUGAUUCACAGAUGAAGGUUUUAUCCUGCAUUAGCAACCCCAGCUUAUAGUCAUUAGGAUUUCCUUUAUCAGCAAGAAGAGAAUAAACAGAAAUCUAAUAGAAAUUCAUUACAGAGGGUGUGCCACAUAGCAAGUGCUAGAUUUACCACUUUAUUCGAUUAAUGAGAUAAAAAUGGCUAAUAUAAAUAGGCCCUCUCUCUUAUAUUAAUGAGAUGCCAAGCAAUUUGUAUAAUUGUGUCCUCCUUAGCAAAAUGUCUGUGUCUAAGCACAUUUUAAGACGAUGCAGUCUUUAGAGAAUCGUGCUAUGCAAUGCUUUGCUUUCUCCCCAAAAUUGAAAGGAUUAACCUUGUAUCCCAAAAAAAUGGAACAGCUCUUUAUUUUUUAAAAUUGAUUUUCAACCAGUAAAUUUGAGCUUCUCCCUUUUAUCUCUCUGUCUCUCUGAAGGUCCCAGGGAACAUCGUAGAGGCUGGUCUCAUGGACCUCCACGGCCCAGCUGAGGACUCCUGGGAGUGGGAUGAAAUGGACAUGACCAUCGUGGAGCACAUGGAGCCAAAGGAAUUUGAUGACAAACAAAACGCUGAAUGUGAAUCAGGUCCUGGAUCCCCUGGGGCCGGUUUAAACUAUGACAUGUCCGAGUCGAGCCCGCGUGUCACUCAGCGAGGGAUGUCCUUGAGCGAAUCGUCUGGAGUGACACCUCUGUCUUCUCAGCGUCCCAAUGUCUAUCAGGUGUACAGCCUGCAUAAUGUGGAGCUUUACAGACAGCCUCACUUCCCCUCCGUACACAAGACCUCUUCUCCGGCCAAAGCCGGGAGGAAGCAGCCUCUUCUGAAGAGCCUGAGCAAAGACUCCUCCUUCUCAUCUGUAGAAUCCCUGCCAGGCCUCCUAGGGGGUCUGCUUGUCUGGGGAAAGCAGGGGGGACACGGCGGGGAGUCCGCCCGCAGAUCAGAGAGCGAGAGCGGGAUAGUCAGUGAGGGUGAGACAGAAACAACUGCCAACUCCGAGGUCUGUCUAGAUGACCCACGGAGAGGAGGCAGCACCUCCCUCAGACCCCCCACAGGAGUCAACUCGCCUGGGGAAGACGACGACGAGGGGGACAGGGUGUGUGACGAGGACAUUGACAGGAUCCUAGAACGGGCCAACAAGGUAGCGCUGUAUGGGGACAGUGUGUCUGUGACGGCGCUGAGAAAGAGAGACCAAAACAGAUCCAAAGCAGGGAAGAAGAAGAGAGGAGGAGGAGAGAAGGGAGGUGGAGGAGGGGAGAACCGGAGGAGACACAGGAGAGAGUCCAACGUGGAGAUUCUGAUCAACGGACGUGGCCUCAGGCCUGACUCCGAGGAGGAAGAUGAGAGGAGAGUGACAGGGGAGAAGGGCCGUAGAGACAGAGAGAUCCCCCAUCUGUCCCAAGGGUCCUCCCUGGAGUCCCUGUAUGCAGCGGGGGAGCUAUUUCCAUCCGGCAAAGACAAUCUCCAGCACUCCACGUCUCUGGAGAGCUGGCUGGCCCCGUGUAAGAGCUGGGAGGAGGCCGAAGGAGAGGGAGGCAGCCAGGGCAGCCUGAGGGAGCUGGGCCUGGGCACCGGAGCUAUAGAGCCCACAGGGGAACUGAGCCACAGGACUCUGGAGCUCCUCAAACGCCUGGAGAACAUCCAGACCCCGCUACACGACCUGAAUAUGACACGCAGCAUCUCUGACAUCACACUGCAGAGCAGCAGCUCCCUGCGCCACCCUGGGGUGGAGUAUGGACCUGGGGGGCCUGGGCACGCUGGGCGCCUCUCAGGGGGCCGGGGUGGAUCCCCCUCCUCCGUCAACAAGAGCUCGGCUGCGUCUCUGACAGAGCUGAGCAGCACAGAGGACUCGUCGGUGGGCACUGAGGACCUGGCCGUACUGAGGAACAGCUGCUGCCUGCUGGACUCCAACGCCUCCUUCAGGAAGCACCACCACCGGGCCCAGCCGGGGGAUCACCACGGAGGUCAUGGGGGUCACGACGAGGCGGACGCCAGCAUCAGCAUGGUGGUCAACGUGUCAUGCACCUCGGCCUGCACUGAUGACGAGGAUGACAGUGACCUUCUGUCCAGCUCCACGCUGACCCUGACUGAAGAGGAGUUGGGUAUCAAGGAGGAUGAGGAGGAUGACAGUGACCUUCUGUCCAGCUCCACGCUGACCCUGACUGAAGAGGAGUUGGGUAUCAAGGAGGAUGAGGAGGAUGACAGUGACCUUCUGUCCAGCUCCACACUGACCCUAACUGAAGAGGAGCUGGGUAUCACCUCUGAAGAGGAGUACAUGGAGGGGUCCUUAGGCCUGGGCCUGGAGUACAUGAAGAACGAGUUCCACAACUGGAUCCACAAUCCCUCCCGCUCCCAGCAGCAGUCCCAGUCCAGCUGCGGUUGGGACAAGAACCAAGGGUAUGACCCUCUAGGGGACGAGCUGCAGUGUGGCACCCUAUCCAAAGACCGCACCAACAGGCCGUCUGUAGGCAAUGAGCGCUGCUCCUUCCUAAACCGCUCAGCGCUGAGGCUCCUGGAGUCCCACACCAACAGCAACGUGAAGAAGGAGUGUCUCAGGACGUUGCCUGACGUGGUGGACACCAACAGGAAGAACGCCACGCGGAGCUACAUCAGCCAGUUUGUAGAUGACAUGGAGAACGGGAAUGUGGACAACUCCCACAUCAAAGGGAAGGAUGAGGACAAUGAGCUGUUACGAGAGGAGGGGAGCCUCUUCACCAAGAAAGGGGAGUGCUUCAAAGACUGUUAUGUGAACGAGUCAGUGGUGAACGGAGGGGACCAGCAGAGGGGCAUGGGAAUGGCCACUGCCACCACGCCGUCCUUGUGUGAGACGCUGUCCCAGCUCCAGGCCAAGGAGUCCUCUCUAGAGAGCCAGCUCAGAGGGGAAAUCCCCUGCCAGAGCUCCAGCCACUCCUCCCCCUCUCUCUCCCCACUGGAGGACUGCCGUGGCUCCCACCACCACCACGCCCUGCAGAGACCACCCCGCUCUGGAAACAACAGUCAGGAGAAUCUCUUCUCCUCAUUCCUCAGUGAUGUCCACACCCAGCAGAGCAUUGGAGAUGCCAGCUCCAACCCCGGCCCAGACCCCAACUCAGACCACCCCUGCUGCAGCCACCUCCACCCCCAGGUGCCCCCAUGCCAGGACCAAAAGAGCCAGGAGAACAUGCACAACUUUGUGAUGGAGAUCAUCGACAUAGCCUCAGUGGCUCUGAAGAACAAGGAGAGCCAGGCAGAGGACAAAGAGAGACCCGGCCAGACUGGAGCCCAGAUCAGGGACAAAGUCCUGGAGCAGUCCCACCGGCCCAUCCACCUCCACAAGGGAGACUUUUACUCCUACCUGUCUAUCAACUCCCACGACUCAGACUGUGGAGAGGUUAGCACCUAUAUAGACAGCAAGAGCACCACCCCCUUACUGUCGACUACCCCAGACAUCAGGGACAAGGAGAUGCUGUUUGAGGCUUGUACUGAGGAAGUGUACCUGGGACCUCCUCUCUGCUACAGCAUGGCUGUCACCAAGAGGCCCAGGAGGCACAGUCCCAAACUAAUGGACUGCUACUCCUCCUCUCCCUCUCCUGCUGCCCAAAGCCAGAGUCAGAGCCAAGCACCUCUGCCCACCUGCAAUGAAUACCAAAAAGCACAUGGUAUUUCUCCUGGAAGUAUAGCUUGGAGACAGCUACAGUGCCAUAAUGAGGCUUCUUAUCUUAAUCCGUUACCAUGUGAAACCCUGAUAGACACUGUUGAAUGUUUUGCAGAUACUCAAAUGCUUGAAUCCAAUAUUUCCCCUGUAAUGACUAAGAUAAGGGUCUCUUGCUCCAGUACAAAUCCUUUAAAAGAGGAAGGCAGCCUCUGUAUUAAUCCUAAAAUUAACUGUCCCCCGAUAAGAAACUGUGAUAGGGAUGAAAAAGGGCCUACUUCACAGUGGAUGAAACAUAAUAAUGUCAGGAAAAGCAACAGCUCUCUUCAGGAAGUCAAGUCAAUUCAUAAACAGAAGCAGGUGAGUUAGACAUUACACCCUUUUUACACCCACCCUCCAAUCUCCACGUAAUGGGACUGGUGCGCAUUUCAGCCUGUUAUGUAUUCAUAUCUGUGACUAAAUAUUGAGGAGGUCUUUUUAUUCACUCCUUCAUUCAUCCCCCCCCUCCCUCCUCCUCCUCCUCUUCUUCCCUGAAGUGUCGAUGGAAGAGGGAUUUGCUUAGCAUCUUCCGAUUUAGAAUGUUAAGGUCUACGGAACAGAAUAAUCAUAAUCAAUCAGAUUAUAUUAUGAUUCAUAAGCAAGAAUUCCCGGCGAAGAACCAUUAGUUAAUUUCAUGAAUGAAUUGCUCUAUUUCAUAUGCUAAGUUGCCACUUCCCUGGCUGCUCUCUUCAGAAACCUGA